AAACAUACCGCAGUCGCACCAGGCCUCUCCACCUCUUGCUCUCCUCCCCGUCUCGAGAGCUUUCGGCACGCACGUAUGGCGGCGUUGGCGGCCCCGACGAGGGCAGAGGCGCUGUCCCUCUUCCGGUCCCUCCUCCGCACGGCGAAGCAGUUCUCCGACUACAACAUCCGGGAGUACACGCGCCGCCGCGCCGCGGACGCCUUCCGCGAGAACCGCGCCCUCCCCGACGCGCCGGCCGCGGCGGCGGCGUUCGCGGAGGGGAAGAAGCAGCUCGAGGUCGCGAAGCGGCAGGCGGUGGUGUACUCGCUCUACGCCCCCAAGUCCAAGAGCGUGAUGGAGUUGAAGGUGCAGUGAUGGACGAGGGAGAGAGGUGUUGCGCCCUUUUCUUCUCUCGCUCAUCGUUCCCCCUUUGCGGAUUUGUGCCUUUUAUGUAAUGAUUAUACAACUUGAACUGCCCUGUUAUCACGUUUGCUAGAUGACUGUCAUGAUACAGCUGCAUUCUGUGCAAUAAAUUACUAAAUUCUACUGCCA